AGCGGUGGCGCUGGCCGCGGCCGUGCGGGGUCGGAGCGUGCGGCCGCCGCAGCCCAGCCCGGCCCGGCCCGGCCGCGCUCGGGGGGAGCCGCGGCCGAGCGGGGCCAUGCGGGGCCGGGCUCCGCUCCGCUCCCUCCCGCUCCUGCUGCUGCUGCCGCUGCUGCUCCUGCUGCUGCUUCGCUCGGCCGCAGAAACUUCUCCCUCUUUACCAGCCCCCAAAAAUGUGGAGGUUUAUUCCUACAACUUCCAGAGUUUGCUGAGGUGGUCUCCUGUUCCAGUGGAGAAUGGCACAGUGUUAUACACAGCCCAGUACAGAACCAGAGGGUCCUUUCCUGUCUGGAGUGAGAUGGGCUGUGCAGAGAGCCCCCAGCCCCAGUGCUGGUUCCCCCCCGAGCUGCGGCGGCGGCGGCGCUGGACGAUCCUGCUGCGCGUGCGGGCCCAGCUGGGCACCCUGGCAUCAGCCUGGGCACACAGCCCUCCCUUCGUGGCAGAGAGCAACACCACUCUGGGCCCCCCCAGGGUGAACAAUGUCAGUGCCAGCUCUGGCUCUCUGCUCAUCAGUGUCAGCCCCCCCUUCCCCCCCGAGCCUGGGGACAUCCUGCAGUACCGUGUGUCCUACUGGGAGAACAGCACCAGUGCCACAGCAAAAAAGCUAAGUGAAAGGAAGACACUAUUCCAAAUUGGAAAUCUAAAGGAGGCAACACUUUACUGCUUCAGUGUUCAAGUGCAGCUGGAGAUCUACUCAGGUCACCUGCUGGAAGGGCAGCCCAGUGCCCCAGAGUGCCACAGAACUGCCCUCAGUGAGGCAACCCGAGCUGGGUUCAUCACCCUCCUCUUUGCCCUGGCCUUGGUGCUUGCCAAUCUGGGGGCAGCUGCUUUGCUGCUCCUGUGGAAACACCACCAAAAAAUCAAAUACUGGGCUCAGCCCCCUCUGGAAAUCCCAUCCCACUUCAAGGAGUUCCUGAGGGACCCUGGCUUGGCUGGCCUGGAGGAGCUGAACAGUCCUGCUGAGGAGGAGCCCCAGGCCCUUGUGCUUGGAGAGGGAAGUGGCCAGGAGGGUGAGGAUCCUUCACCCCACACCUCCAGGGACAGGGCAGCCACUGAAGGGCCACCCCAGUGAGUGUCACCUGCCCAGGACUGUCCAGAGGCUGCUCCCAGGGUGAGGCUGCUGCCAGGACCGUCCUGAACAUGAACCCCUGGGAUCACAGGAGAAUCCUGAACAUGAACCCCUGGGAUCACAGGAGAAUCCUGAACAUGAACCCCUGGGAUCACAGGAGAAUCCUGAACAUGAACCCCUGGGAUCAGAGGAGAGUCCUGAACAUGAACCCCUGGGAUCACAGGAGAAUCCUGAACACAGAGCCUGGGAUCACAGGACCAUUCCUUUGGAUCACAGGACAAUCCUUGGGAUGACAGGACAAUCUCUGGGAUCACAGAACCUCCCUGGGAUCACAGAACCUCCCUGGGAUCACAGAACCUCCCUGGGAUCACAGGACAAUCCCUGGGAUGACAGGACCAUCCUGAACACAGACUCUGAUGCUCCAGGGGCCUCUGCCCAGCUCCUCACUCUGCCAAGAGCACUGGGAGGAGGGAAGGUGGAAGGGGAAGGGAAGGAACACUAAAUUGCCUGAAGCCAGGUGGAUGAAAGGGGUGAAUUCCCACCCCAGCUUGGAGGAAUGACUGCACUUUAUUGAUGUGGGGUGAGCUGGGAUUUUUCAGGGAGUGAAGAGCUGCACUGUGAAUUCCAUUUGUACUGUUUGGUUUCUGUUGCCAAUAACACUCCCAUCAUACCA